AUGACAUCGCCAGAAGAUGACGUUGCGCCGGUCAAGCCACCGCCGCCUUCCUUGUCGACAGUUAUUCCUCUCCCAGUCGCAAAGACCAGAUCACCCGAGAGAGACGAAUCACCGCAGACAUCCACCGCAAGCCUUCCACUACGAACCUCUAGUCCUCCAGCCUCAACACCACCUACAAGUAUCGGCAUUUCCGAAAGGAUAUCUCGAUCUGUAUCUCCUCAUGGCCGACUUUCCAGGUCAGUAUCCCGUAUGGGAAGAUCAUCAAUAGCGUCACCUUUGAGCAGUUACUCAGACACUUACGAUGACACGAGAUCAUUGAUUGUCCGAAGUUUCUCACCAGCCGUUGCGAUCUACGCAUCACCAGAUACCGAUGAGAUAGCUAGGAACAAGGGUUUCAAGAAUGGUUUCCGAGAAAUGGUUAGACCAUUUGGUGAGAGAGUCACGGGUAAGGUGGUCGUCAGAGACAGUGUUGGAUCAAGUAGGGCAUGGGACGACUUUGGGGUACGCUUUACAAAUCUCGGAGAGGAUUUUGGCAACGAUCGUGGAAGUAUGAACCCCAAAUAUGGUAGCCCAUUUACAAGGCUCGAAGAGCUUCUGGAAAGAUAUAUGGAAAUGCCGAGUGACGGCUUGGAUACGUAUAGCAGUGAUGGACGGCUCAUGCGGCCUGAUGGGACGACCUCACAGAUGUCACCCUACUAUCGCCUUUUCCUCAGUCGACUAUUGUCCGCCACAAUGGUCAGUCCUCACGAAACUUUUCUACAUCCAGUAGCUUGCGUGAUUGCGAUCAGCUCGGGCAACGAAGCUCCAAUCGAGACCCUAAGGCAGCUCUACGCCCAGACAGCGCAAGGGAGCAAGGUGUCACCAUCCUUCGUAAAUCCAGAGUAUCUUCGUUACUAUGUCCUUGUCCAUGACGAAGACCGAGACGACCUCUCCAAAUCCAAGGCUCUUUUCGACCAAAUGAAGCGCCAUUUUGGUAUCCAUUGUCACCUUCUUCGACUUCGAAGUGAUGAAUGCUUACCAAGCGAUGAUGACAGUGUGGAAGUUCCGGCAUGCGAAUGGCUCUCUCCGGCCGAAGAUCUUGUCAGACUCAACGAAAUCGAUAACCUCAUCGACAUGGACAUUGAUCUGUCUUACCUUUUCGAAUCCGACGUCACAGCUUUGAAGUCUCUUGUCCGCGAACUGGUCGCUCAAUCCGUGAUACCCCAUAUGGAAAACCGAGUUGCUCUUUGGAAUGAUCAGGUCGCGUCCCGUCGUCGUGGCAUCAGCGGCCGCUUCAUGUCUAUCUCUAAGAAGUGGACUGGAUUCGGUUCAAUAUCAUCCCGAAAUUCUUCGUCCCAAAGUGGAAGCGGCUCAGGGGUUAGUGGCAAUUACGAUUCUCUACAAGGCAUUUACCGCUAUGAUACACCCGAAGCCCUCCUGCGCAAGCUCGCCGACUAUGCAUUUCUGCUUCGUGAUUACAAGCUUGCUGCGAGCACGUACGAGAUGCUGCGCACAGACUACGGCAAUGACAAGGCUUGGAAACAUCAUGCUGGAGCAAAUGAAAUGUGCGCCAUCAGCAACUUGCUAAAUCCAAUGGCAACAGCUGCGAAGACAAGGGUGGAUGGAUUUGAUCAAAUGAUGGAAACAGCAUCUUAUUCCUACUUGACACGCUGUUCUGAUCCACAGAAUGCACUUCGCUGCAUAGUCCUAGGGGUUGAACUUCUGAAAGUCCGCGGCAGGACUGCUGCUGAGACGGCCGCGAAAUGGGCAAUCCGGAUUCAGGAGCUUGGGCUUGUUGGUGCUGUGGGCCAUGUCUUGGUCUCUGAAAGAGUAGCGUCGUGCUUUGCUGCUCAGGUUGGCACCGGUAGUGGCGCAUUCAGCGGACGUAAGCGGAAAGCGGCCUUCUGGAGUAUAAUGGCAGCUGAUGAGUGGUUCAAGCUGGGCAAAACGGAGCUUGCAGCGGGAAGACUCGAGGAUGCUGAUGCAUUCUACGGUUCGAUUGUGUCAUCCGAAGGCACCGAACGCUUCAAAGAGAUGAGCUUGUUCUUGGAGCAGUUGCAUCUGGCAAUUAAUAUGAAGAACGCUUCUAGGUCUAGGAACGUAAGUAACGUUUCAAAUGGCGUUCUGAAACCCGAAGAGGAGGCUUCUAAGCAACUGACCGAGGAGACAAGCGAGCAGCUGAGUGCUCCUGGUCAUCGGCGCAGUAUGCUAUGCGCAGAUAACUUGCUGGACACCGGACUGCUAUCACCUGGACGACUACCUAGACCGGAUCCAUUUCCGCACGAAGAUGACGACUUCGAAUGA